AUGGCUGAUUUCAGACCUCGACUCAUCACACUCGAUGGUCGCAACGAUGAAUGGAAGGACAUUGAUGGGUCUGAGUUCCCUCUCCGACCUGCACUUGAUCCUGACACUGACCACGAGUAUUCCGUGGGACAGACGACAGUCAAGGCAUUCCAUGAUGGCUGA